CGAGCUUUGGAUCCGGGGAGGGCUGGGCCAUGGACCGGGGUCGGCCCCCCUAAAUCCGCCUUUGCUAUCAAGUGUCGAGGAGAAACGAACUGGUGCCACAACUCCGCAAGAAAAGCGACUAUACCACUAGGCUUAUUCCAUUUGCCUAACACACAAUAAUCUGAAUGUAAUCUGACAAGUAACACACAAUAAUCUAACAAUAAAUAUAUUAUCUAAUCCUAAAUGACGCGUAUAUAUGUUGUCGGGUGAAAAUUGACGGAAUGACCGUUUUGUCGAUGGUGAAGUUGGUUCAGCAGGAGCAUCAACAUUUAUGUUAGGAUUUUAGGUGGAGAUUGAUGAAAUUACCAUUUCGUUAGAAGUUAGAAAUAUAUAUAUCACCAAAUCGUGCAAAACACAAACUUUUGUGAUGAUAUAUAAGUUGUGUGAUUGCGAAUUGGCCAAAGAAAGCGGCAUCAACUGGACCAGAAAAAAAGUCCAAAGCGCCUCAGUGACAUCAUCAUGGCCAUCAUGCUCUCUCUCUCUCUCCAGUCUUCCCCACGUGGAUAUAUGUACACCCUCCUCUCCACGUGCAUAUAUGUAAAUGCAAUGUUCCAAAUCCAUAAGACCUCGUAAAUAAUUAAAUAGGCAAUUGUGCACUGCAAUCAAGCUGCCAGUUUAGUGGAUUGAUCUUAUUCUAUGUCUAGACAUUCUUUUUUGCACUCCAAUAUGCUGCAGCAGCAGCCAAACCCCAAAGGUCACGACGUGUUCAUAAGCUUUCGGGGUUCCGACGUCCGGCACACCUUCGCGUCUCGCCUCCGGGCGGCCCUCCGUAGAGAAGGCGUCACGUCGUUCGCCGAUGACGACGCUCGCCACCUGCCACGCGGCGAGGAUCUGAAGGAGGCAAUCUCACGUGCGAUCGAGCGGUCGAGGCUCUCGGUCGUCGUUCUGUCCCGCAACUACGCCUCGUCGGAAUGGUGCUUGGACGAGCUGGUUACCGUUAUGAGGUGUUGCAGUAGCAGCCGCGGCGGCCACGUGGCUAUUCCGAUCUUCUACCAUCUGUCCCCGGAGGAGGUCUCCGGCUGCUACAAGGAGGACCUGGAUCGGCACAAGCGCAGGUUCACUUACGAGAGAGUCGACGGCUGGAUUCGGGCGCUUGCUUGGAUCGCCGGUAUAGCUGGUUGGGUUGUUCCGGCAGCUGUCUAGCUAGUACGUGAAGCUGAUUUAAUUUCGAGGUUGUCAAACCGAUUUAUGUCGGUAUAUGGGUUUUUGCAAGUCAAAUUGUCCGACCAUAGUAUGAUUGGUAUGGAUACUCGAUAGCCUAAUAUUCCAAAAUGACAAGUGUCCUCUUCCUUUACAAAUGUGAGAUUAAUUGUCCGGAGACCCAAUCUGGUUCUGAAGGAAAACAGUUAAACUAGUUACAAUACUUAGUUGAUAUCGAAAAUUAGGGGGCGUCUAAUGGAGAAUAGUUUGUCGAAAGGUUAUGUAGUCGAAUUUUUGCGACCUAAUUUUUUAAGCACACGGUAUUUAGAUUCGUGCGAACUUCAAUACCGUAUAAGCCGACUCUCUCAUAUGAGGGAGAAUGCUAGUAAAUGGUAUAAGAUACAUUAUUGAACAUCUCUCAACAAUUCGAGUUAUUGAUAUUAAACGGUUCUUAACAAAGAACAUCAUUCAGAAGCGAACGACUAGCUAAAUCAUGAAUUCUUAUAUAGUGUAAGAUUCGCUGUUAAAUUUCUUUGAACAACUCAAGUUAUUGAUACUAAACAGUUCUUGAAAAAUAACAGCAUUCGAAAGAGAAUGACUAAUUAAAUUAUUAAUAAUUGUUUGAUACAGAGAGUGAUACUUUUCAUAGUUUCGACUACUAAUGUAUUUUAAUUUACCAAAAUUUUCAAUAUAAAAUUGUAUAUCAUGAAUAAUUUUAAAGUUAACAAAAAUUAUUUUAUCUUGUGUAUUUUUCUUCUAAUUGGACGCAAUGCAGUCAAAAUCGUGUGUUAAAAUUUAAAAACUUACGGUCUUGUGCUUUUAGGUCACCAAAACGCUUUCGUUUCUAUAUAAAAUCGUUAGUGCAUAAAAUCGAACAAAAUUACGUUUUAAAGCUUAAAAUCUUACGCUUUUACGCUUCUAGUUCACCAAAACGUUUUACGCUUUUAGUUCACUAAUGGGUAUUCUUUUCAAGAAAUUAAUUACAAAAAGUAUAUUUUAAAAGUAAACUACCAACAAUAUGAUACAUUUGAGAUUAAAAGAUACAUACUAGGUACUUGGAUGCAUUCUCAUCUUCAAUACAAUAAUCAAAUUCACUAGCUAGGUCAUUCUCAAAUUCUAGUAUAGAGGGGAAUGUGGCUUAUUUAAAGGUGGCAAUUCUCAAUCCAAUCCACCAAUUCAAUCCAUCAAUCCAUUAAAAAUAUCCACAUAAUCCAAGUCAUUUAAAUCCAAUCCAUUUGAUCCAAAUCCAAUUGAAUUGGUGGAUUCAUGGAUUGAUCCAUAGAUCCAAAUGACAAAUUACGAUUUGGUACCUAUACUUUUUAUAGUUUGCAUUUUGGUACCCAAAAUUUACUUUUUUAUACAAAAAAUAUCAUUGAAAAAUUACGCUUUGGUACCUAAUUUUUUCAUUAUGACAUUUUAGUACCUAAACUUUUCACAUUUUACAUAUUGGUCCUUGGUUGAGGAUAUCAUUUGGAUUCAUGGAUAAUCCACCAAUCCACUUGAUCCAAUCCAUGAAUCCACCAAUCCAUUGGAUCUAAUCCACCAAUCCAAUCCACCGAUCCAUGGAUCAAUUCAUUUGCCACCUCUAGGCUUAUUAUUAAGAUUAUUUAGGUUAUGAACUUAUUGUUAAGAUGCUAUAAGUUUGUCUACUUUAGACAUAAAUUGAAUGUAUUUAUUAACUUUAUCUAAAUUCCUAGCACUCAUAUUUUUACAUAGUAUAUGUCAUACUUAACAAUUUUUUAGUUAUGUUACAGCACGCGUAAAAAACUUACGCUUUUAUG